AUGGCAGUGAAUGAAUUGGGAGUGCUGGUAUUGGAAUGUGCAGUCCCACUACACCCCUAUAUUUUGUUGAGUUGGUUGCGCCGUUGUCUGGUUUGCUCAGUACUCUCUCUGACCCUUGUCGUUCCCAGUACUCAUCCAUGUACUUAUUGGAAGACAAACCUGUCCUGUCUGGAAGUGCUGACAGAUACUUUAAAAAAAAGAAACUCCUUAACCCUCGCCAUGGCACCUGUUUUGGGGUCCCGGACAUUAAGCAAGGAUGAUGUGAAUUACAUGUUACACUUUAGGAUGAUUAACGAGCAACAGGUGGAGGACAUCAGCAUCGACGUUUUCUACAAGCCUCACACUCUCACUCUCUUGACGUUCACUGUAGUUAGUUUGAUUUACUUCGUAUUUUCCAGGGAGGAUACAGAUGCUGACAACAACCUUCGAGUGGGUCUCCUGUUGGUUGUCUCCUUCUUCCUCAUCAUCAGUGUCCUGGCCUUCCCCAAUGGUCCAUUCACCCGACCACAUCCUGCGAUUUGGCGCAUGGUAUUUGGUAUGAGUGUUCUGUACUUCCUGUUCCUGGUCAUCCUCCUCUUCCUGAACUGGGCUCAGGUAAAGAGACUAAUGUACUGGGUGGACCCCAACCUACGCUAUGCUACCCGUGAGGCUGAUAUCAUGGAAUAUGCAGUGAACUGCCACGUGAUAACCUGGGAGCGGAUCCUGAGCCACUUCGACAUCUUUGUGUUUGGGAAUUUUGCGGGCUGGGCCAUGAAGGCCCUGCUCAUCCGCAGCUACGGCGUCUGCUGGACCAUCAGCAUCACCAGGGAGCUCACUGAGCUGUUCUUCAUGCACCUGCUGCCUAACUUUUCUGAGUGCUGGUGGGACCAGGUGAUCCUGGACUUCCUGCUUUGUAAUGGAGGGGGCAUCUGGCUGGGCAUGACUGUGUGUCGCUUCCUGGAGAUGCACACCUACCAAUGGGCCAGCAUCAAAGACAUCCAUACGACCACAGGGAAGCUGAAACGAGUUCUGCUCCAGUUCACCCCAGCCAGCUGGACCUACAUACGCUGGUUAGACCCCAAGAACUCCUUCCAGAGGUUGGCUGGGAUCUACCUCUUUAUGAUCCUCUGGCAGCUGACUGAGUUGAACACUUUCUUCCUGAAGCACAUCUUCGUGUUCCAGGCGUUUCACACACUCAGCUGGUGCCGGAUCCUCCUCCUCGGAAUCAUCACAGCCCCUACUGUACGACAGUAUUAUGCGUAUCUGACAGACUCACAGUGCAAAAGAGUGGGAACACAAUGUUGGAUGUUUGGGGCCAUAGCCUUCCUGGAGGCCCUAGCGUGCAUCAAGUUUGGUCAGGAUGUGUUCUCCAAAACACAAGUCCGGUCUGUGUUCCAGUGGGUUCUGUGUGUGGCCUUCAUCACCAGUCUCUGUCUGUAUGGGAUGGUGCGGUAUGAGCAGAAGGAUGAGCCUGAGUUAAAGAGCGUCUCUGAGCGUGAGGAUGGUAACCUAAUAGACUUGUGUGGUUACGUCCCUGAUGACAUCACAGGUGAGAGAGACUCUUGGAAUAACUCAGCCAGCUCAUCUAAACGAAGGAGAGGCUCUGGGAGAACCAAAGCUGUCAAUGGACACAAUGAUUAAAAGCAAAGAGAGCCGAUGAAGGGACUACAUCCCUACUGCACCCAACAACUCUGUGGGGAGAUGGAAGGAGGAGAAUUUGGGAGAGGAGGUUCAAGAGGUGGGGAUAUUACAUUGGUUAAAUAGGUGGUUGAACAAGGAGAAAGUAAAUGAAGCGUAAACUGAAUGGGAAAGGCUGAGCAGAGAGCUUUACUACAUUUACCUUUUAAACAUUUAGCAGACACUCUUAUCCAGAGCGACUUACUACACUUUGGUGACCACUCCCACUUUACUGUGUGUGUGUGAGAUCAAGAACUGUUCAACAAAAGUUGCAUUUACCUUUUGAUGAGGAGGCACCAACUUUUGAGUUUACACUUUUCACAUAAUUUACUGUACACCAAGGGGUACCGAAUGCAAUUUUUAAUUUCCCCCCUCUCUUUUUGUGUUGUUCAAAUGAUGACUAAGUAUUACAGGAUGGGUUUCAUUUAACUAACAAUGAAAAAUGUAAUAAUCUGAAGGUUAAGCCUGAAUUGUUGAGAUUGAGAGUUUGAUUCAGAAUUUGAGUCAAUAAUUUUUUUUCACUCAAUAAGUUAAAGUUAUACAUGUAUAUUGAAAGUCAGAAUUCACAUUUUUUUCAAUCAGGAUUUGUAGAAAUAAUUCCAGGCCUUAAAUGUUUAGAAUGUAAUGGUGACCUAUUUUGUUCAGGUGAGUGUGUGAAAGGUAAUGUGAUUAACCUUUGAUUUUAUACAAGCAUUAAGAGUGCAUGUGUUUUUAUAUGAAUGAUGUGAACUGCACACUGUUGCAAGAUGAUGUAUAUGACUAUAGCUUUCUAAUAAAUAAUUAAAACAUGACAGUCAAUAUUUAAAACAGGACCGUAUUUUUUGGUCCUUUGUGUUAUGACCAAUUUGUACCAGUUGGUGGUAGUAGAGAGUCAGGUAGCAGAGGAUCAUUUUGAUCAGUCUUACUACUGGGCUGGAGGGAUUCAAAAAUAAAAUAUUUCCAUUAA